AUGAGAGUAUCUAUGACUCCAGCAAUUUUAUCUAUUCUAUACCCAGCUCUGUUAGGAAAUGUUAUAACACUUCUUUUGUCAUCUAUUUCAAUCUCUAUGAAAUCUGUUUCAUCUGUUAUGACAAAAGUUGCGAUAGUAUUGAAGUCAACAACUCUGAAAGCAAGUGCUUCAUAUGGAGUUCUUCAAUACCAAAUCGGAAAGAUAUGGGCAGUACUUGGUGAAGAAGCUUUAGACGGCGUUAAAAAUGCUUUGAACUUCAUUUCAAAUGGUUCGGAUACUAUUAAAACUUUAUCUGGUUGGAUGCAAGAAACAAGGAGUCAAAUAGAUACUGUAAGACGUAUAGCAAACAAUGCACGUACGGGAUUGGAUACUUUACGAGAAGCACAAAAUACACUAAAGGAAGCAAAUGAUAUUCUUGGCUCAGUAUCAGACAUGCAUGAAGAUUGGCUUAAAGGCAUUGACAAAUCUUUAAAAAAUCACAGUCAGUCUAUUGCUGACUACAAGAAAAGUAUAGAUUUUUUUCCAUAG